AUGGCGCUGACCCAAAUCGACCGCAAGGUCUUGGCCCAUUCAAUCAACUACUACGUCUCAAAGAACAACACCGUCGUUGAGAACCUCCGCACAGUCCUCGGCAUUUCUGUCAUGCUCGAGGAAAAACUUGCUUACGUCCACGACCUUCGCGUGUUGAACAUUGACCUUGGCGUUAAAUCGUUAGAUCCCUACCGCGAGCUCAUAUUCCUUGCGAAGGAGGGACUGGCUCUCACUGAAGUUUUCAUUGCGCCAUACUGCGGAGAGAGUGCGGACGCAGUGUACCAGGUCAUGGCAUUGAAAUUGCGCGCAUCGUUCCACCAUAUCUUCUGCCAGUAUCACAACACGCCUCCUCCUCGUACAGCCCCUGUACACCCUCCUGGAUUCUACUUAAACACCGGGGUGGGGUACGAACCUCCUGUGUCCGCCAGUACCUUCCUGAUGCCAGCUCUGGACUAUACGCCUGAGACCAAGAGACUCUUUGAAGUCGCAGUCAAAUGCGCAGAGGAGAAGCUACAUCCAGCACAUCCGUUAGUGCUAUCGUUGGCUCUGGAGCAGGCCACAUUUCUCAUGGACUGUCUUGCAGACUAUGACAAGUCGUUUAAGGUUGUCAAGAAGGCUGCUCGUGCAGCUUAUCUUAGC